CCUUUCCUUUUCUCUGUUUUUUCUUGAAAGGACGGCCUUUCCUUUUCUCGAUCACCUUCUAUAAGCCACCCCUCAAUCGUCCUCCAACCAUUGGAAAACAUAAGCUUUUGACAAUGCCGUCCUACACCCCUCAGUCCUCCUCCCCCACCUACUACCCUCAGAAGAGGGACUUCAACACCCUCCUUGACGCCGCCCGCCCCUUCCUCCGUGAGCAGCUCGAGUUGGUCGACCCCGCCCUCCCCUCCCUCAUCACCGUCCUCCGCUCGGUUGGCGCCGGGGAGUGCUUCCACAAGCAUGGCUCUUUCCUCUCCCACCUCACCGAUGUCUACCGCAUCCUCAAGCUCUGGUGCGCCCCCGACCCCGUCGCCCGCUGCGGCCUUCUCCACUCCGCCUACUCCAACUCCUACGUCAACCUCGCCAUCUUCGACGCCGGCACCAGCCGUGACUACGUCCGCAGCCUCGUCGGCGCACCGGCCGAACGCCUCAUCCACCUCUUUUGCAUAGUUCCACGCCAGAGCCUCAUCGUGGAUAACCUCAUCUUCCGCUACUCCGACGCCGAGCUCGUCGAACACCUUGCCCUCUCCGAAGCCUCUCUCCGAGAGGCAAAGGAGAAUGGCGUCUUCGACUCCUCGGCGCCAUGGCGGAGAAAGCUCCAGUCGCUCCUCCCGGCAGGAGGGAUCACGGUGAAGCACAUCAAGACCGGGGAGGAUCUGGCCGUGUCGAGGAGAAUGGUGGCUAUCUUCCUUCUGAUGACCGUCGCCGACUUCAGCGAUCAGUUUUUCGACUACCAAGAUAAGAUAUUCGCCAAUGACGAUGGGCGGUUCGAGUUCAAGGGGAAUGACUGGACGGUGCUAUGGCCUGGUACUGGGAAGCCAGGCUUGUGGAUGAAUUUUAAUUCAAAGACCGGUGCGUUGUAUACUCUUAUAGUGAGGGAGGAGGAGAUCUACAUGGAGGAGAGAGAGAGAGUAGGAGGGGGAGGUGGAGGUGGAGGUGAUAGAGAUGAGGAGAUUGAGCUGGUGGUCCCACCAGUGUUUGACAACUGCACCAGGGUGUUGGAUGCCCAGGAGCAGAUUGUUGCAAGGGACUUGUACUGGGAGGCGGUUUGUGGUGACUGGGAGAAGGAGGGGAAGUGGGAGAGGGUGGAGGAGCUGCUGCUGGGAAGCUGUGAGAAGAAUCCAUUUGUUGGGGAGCCUCAUCUGGUGCUGGCUCAAGUGUAUUUGAACUUGGAGAGGAAUGAGGAAGCUGAGAGGGAGGCGGAGAGGGGGCUGAGGCUGAUAAUAGAGUGGGGGAGCAGCUGGGACAAGAGGAUGACCUGGGAGGGGUGGGUGGCUUGGGGAAGGGUGAUGCUUGCUAAGGCGAAGGAGAAGGCAUGGCCCCAUGCAGCAUGGGGGAUUAUCAAUCUUGGACUCGUGAGAUAAAGAGACCGCCCGCCCCAUCCUAUGGGAAGUUUGAAGAUUGAUUAGAGACACAAGGAUAGAAGAGUCCCAGUUAGGGCUCUAGUGGGACUUGGCAACUUCAGAAUCACCGCACCAGCACAGAUUGAGAAAGAAAAUUAAGAGUCCCAUGGCCACUUCAGAAACAGGAUGGUAGUUGACCUACCUCAGUUGUUGAGCUGUACCACGCUUAUGAACUUGUGGCCUCUUCUUGCACUAAAGUAUCAAUUAUGUCCAUUAGCGAAUUCUCGUCCCACCGUUGCGGUUGUAUCAUGUUCAACAACACUGCCCUACGAAAUAUGAAUCAUGACGUAUCCAUGCAGGACUCAUGUAUGUAUAUGCAGAAAAUAUACAUGUGCAGGACUUACAAAUAUGCAGCUUCUUGUUUGGGCUAGUACACAUGCAUAUGGUU